AUGUCUAUGUUCGACGACGACCUUGGCCAGGAGCUGCAUACAGAGGAAGCUGUGAAGCCGAAGUCCUCCUUGAAGCCUCGUCGGGGCAGCCGACGACAGAGUCGGCGAGUCAGUCAGGCAGGCGUAGAUGCUGCCGUGGCCGCAGCGGUGGGAGAGAAGUCGGAGGCCCCGAACGACAACAUCGGCAAGGCCCUGUCAAAGAUCACGGGCCAGGCCAAAGCCUUGAAGUUUGCCAUGGACCUGGCACAGAAGGCUAUGCAACAGGCGGAACAGCUCGGCUUGAGGAGAGAUUGGAUGCAAUUUGCUAGGCAUAUGAUGCCCGAGACGAAGAGGACCGAUGUGAACUGCAUGCUAUUUUCCACCGAUCUUCGCAGGUGA